AUGGACGUACAUGUUUCUAUAAAAGAAACCUUUCUCUUGCAAUCUGUAAUGAGUUAAGCAAAAUCUAAACAAAAUGGUUCUUUUAACGCAUCAGAAAGAAAAGAACUACUUUGUGUCCCCGGAACUGCGUAGAACGGGCCUAACGCAGAUUUACGGAAACAAAACAUUACGCUGGAGUUUUAAAAGAAAACAACUUGAAACCAUCCAGGAGCGAAAACCUGAUUAUUAUUUUAAAAUUGUAUUGCUAGGUGACUGUGGAACAGGAAAGACAAAUUUAGCGAACAAAUUUAGUUGUGAAGCAUGUUGUAAGACUAGUUAUAUUCAAAAGCCAGCAGUCGGCGGCGGAGUCAAAGUUGUGGAAUAUGUGGACCGUGUGAUCGAGAUGUCAGACAAGCAUGUGCUAGCGCGGCUUUAUGACACUGCAGGGCAGGAGAAGUUCCGAAGUCUGACAACGUCAUAUUAUAGAGGAGCCCAUGGAUGCCUAUUACUUUUUGACGUCACAAGUGAAAGCACAUUCAAUAACGUACCUUAUUGGUUACAUGAUUGUAAAGACUACACCUCAAACACAAAUAUCCCGGUAAUUUUGGUUGGUACCAACUGUCAGGUGACGGACGAGCAGAGGAAAGUGUCGUUCGAGCGCGCGGCGAAAUACGCGGAAAGUGAGGGGUUACCUUAUAUGGAAUUAAGUAGAGAUACAGACACAAGUGUGAUGCCGGUAAUAAACAGAAUGUUAGAACUUGUAAUAGAAUCUUUUAACAAUGAUCAAAUUUUGACCAAACAACAAUCGGACAAUGUUGCACUUGAACAGAAGAAGUCUACAAAAAGCACGUGCGCAUGCUAAUUAGCUAUGUGAACACGUGACUAUAUGUGUGUGCACCAGUGAUUUUUUUUUAAAACAAUCGACUAUUUCAACAUGAUCUCAUCUUACAUUUGUGUUCAUUGCACCAGGUUGACCUUGCGAUAUAGUAUGUAGCGUUCGCUACUUCAUGUACUUUUCGAAGGAUGACCAUGACAGUAAAUUUCAUGACUUGCAGAAUCUAACAGGUUCGCUCUCUCAUAGGAAUUGUGAAUAUUUCAGUAUAUAUGUUGAGCCUUCAGAAUGUUUGAGAUUAUAUACUAAACAGCGGUUGUCAAAAUAACUUGACAAAUCUGCUUUUAAACUGUUUAACACUCCAUCGAGUGAUAAAGACAUACAGUGUCAAGGAAAAUUAUACUAUAUUUAUGAUGUUUGUAUCUUGUUUGUCACUGUACGUUAAUUAUAUGUAUCCUGUUUCUCAUUUUGUGUUAGACGUUUGUACUAUUUCAUUAUACUGUUUGUACGUUUGUUUUUCACAAAAUAUAUGUACUGUUUGUGUCCUGUUGCUCUAAAAAUAUACUGUCUGUACCAUGUUUCCCACGGAAUAUAUGUACUGUUUUUACCAUGUU